CCACAUCUAAAAAGAAGUGUAUGUGGGUUAAGACCUGGUUUUAAGGUCAUGGUUAGAAUUAGAUUGAGGUUAAAGUUCGGUUAUGGGUUAGGUUUGAGUUGUGGGAAAUCAUAAUGAGUAAAAUAGCUGUACAAACAUCUCUCUCUCUCUCUCUCUGUAUUUGUUACCUCUUUAGGACCUGGCAUAAACAUUGACCUUGUCAGAACCAGUAGCCCUCAUGGAGACCAAAACCUGGUCCUGAGGCAGAACCUCAUUUCUGAGAAACUGGUUCAGUUUAGGGCUUGAAUCGUGGUUUUGGUCAAGGUGAGGGAUCAGGCUCUGUUUAGGCAAUGUAGUGUUCCAAGAAGAAUAGCUGUGCAAACCUGUGUGUAUGUGUGAGAGAGAGAGAGAGAGAAAGAGAGAGAGAGAGAGAGAGAGAGGGGAGGGAGGGGAUGAGCGAGAGCUACUGAUAAUGCUGAGAAUUUCUUUCCUCCUGCAUUUAUAAAGCUGAGAUUUAACUGGACGCUGUGAUGAGACGAGGUGCAGGAACAAACAAAAAACCUCUCAAAAUGUACUUCAGUCAGUGACGAACAAUAACGAGCGUCUGGAUUAACAGCACAUGUAUAUGUUGUUUUUUUUAUAUACAACCUUUUUAAAACAAAUGUUUAUUUUUUUAAAACCUCUGUCUGUAACUGCAGGAGCGACGGUUACGAUUGUUGAUGGCUGCCAUGGAUAAAACCCUGACUCUGAACAGGCCUACCACCUUCUCCUCCUCACAACUGCAAAAAGGUGUUGUGAAUCUCCAAGUGAAAAGCUUCUGUUUUUGUUAAAAUCAUGUCAUAUUUGACCGGACAAGUGAGCGCCGAGCCCUCGACGAGGAUGACUCCCGACUGCAUGGACGGAGAAGAUUCCACGGCCCAAGAUGACGUGAGGCCUCGGGUGAUGGGUGUGAUCCUGAGCGUCGCCGCUUGCCUCAUCGUCUCCACAAACCUGCUGGUGGCGGCCGCUCUGCUGAAGCUGCUCCUGAAAAAGAGCAGCCAGAGCUGGUGUUUCGUCCUCAACUUGGCACUGGCCGACGCCCUGGUGGGUGUGGCCAUCACCGGCCUGGCGACAGAAGACUUCAACAUCGACGGUGUCCCUCAGAGCCAGCGCAGCCACGUCACCGCUGACCCUCCCACAAAUGCCACGGUCCCUGCACACGGGAAGACCCGCUGUUUGAUCCGGAUGGCGUUUGUGAUGUCGCCCUGCACGGCGUCCAUCAUGUCCAUGUUCCUGAUCUCACUGGACCGAUACGCCGCCAUCAAGAUGCCACUGCGGUACUCGUUGCUGUCUGGGAAGGGGACGGCGGUCGGAUCCUUGCUGACUCUGUGGAUUAGCGCCUUCACUGUGGGAUUUAUGCCAGUGAUGGUGUGGCAGCUGCAGUCCGAGGGCUACGACGGAUUUUGUGCCUUCUUCUCUGUCAUUCAUGGCGAGGGCAUCAUCGUCUUGUUCAGCGUGUGCUUCUUCCCUGUGCUCUCUGUUUUCGUCUACAUCUACCUGGACAUUCUGAAAAUCGCCCGCAGCCACCAGAGGCAAAUCCGCCAGGCCCGGGAAGCGGGUUCCAGGACGGCUGGGCACCACGGCAAUCAACAUUAUCAACAGCAUCAGCUCCGAAGUGGUUACUGGAGUCAUGUCAAGGCCCUGAGGAUGGUGGCGGUGCUCGUGGGCUGCUUCUUAGUGCUCUGGUGCCCCUUCUUUUUGACGUGCAUCGUGCACCUUCUGUGUAAAAGCUGCAAACUCACUCAUGUGCUGGAGAAUUAUCUUUGGCUGCUCGGACUCUCCAACUCCCUGAUCAACCCCCUGGUGUACGCCUUUUGGCAAAGGGAGGUGCGGCUGCAGUUAGCGGCCAUGUUUACCUGCUGUUCAGACAGGUCGUCAUCGGCUGGACCACCAGGUGUUUCAGGACGGUAUGACCCUCGGACACCGGUGCAGGAUCAGGAUGGUGCUGGUGGGGGAGACGCCAUUAUCCCGGCAUUGUUGCAGCCAAUCACCUGCAACCAUGAGACUCGCGCUGUGGCAUCAUCCGCCACGACCAGAUCAUGAAAGAAAGAGUUUCACACUGUCCUUCAUCAAUCAGUCUCUUCCCGAUUUUAUCCGUCUUUCGUCAAACUCGAUUCACACGGACAGUGGGAAGAGCUUUAAGGGAAAUAUGAUGCCACCAUGCGGAACAAUCACAGCUGCUGUGGUUGGUGCCAACACAGAGGCAAUACCUCUGACUUUGGCUUCCCUGAAAAGCUACUUAGAGACAUUGAGGGGAAGCUCUGAAGCGUCGUCCAUUUUUGUGUCAUAGGUUACAGACUUUAGUUCCUGAAAGAAAUAACCUUGUAAUAGUCAAAUAUAUCAAUAUAUACUAACCGAAUACCAUUCCUGCUGUUGCCACCUAUGCGUGGCGGCGCUGCCCUCAAAUCACCUACAUUUUAAUAUCAGGUUGCCUCUUGAAUUUGUCGUCAGCGAGUUGGCGUGUAUGUGAAAAGUAAAUAAUCCUCAAGUUAAGUAAGACAAACAGCUAGGAGGAAAAGCAAAGACAGAAUAACCAAAGGCCCCGUAGUCACUUCUGAGUUAGGGUAAGGGUAAUUACUUGCUGCUUGCAUACUUGUGAAUUGGAACAGAACAGACCCAGACAGAUCUUAGCCAUUCGCCUCAAUUGAAAAAAAUCUGUUUGUCAAGUUUCAACUCACCCCCAGAUUGGUAACAGUGGUUUUUCAGGAGGUAAAUAAGGUAAAUAACUUGGGUGUCGGGAGCACUAACUUCUGUUAAUAUUGUUAACACAUUUUACCAGUGACUGGACAGAGUGAGAGUCAUUUCUUUUCAGACGUACGUAAAUUUGUCAUCUGCAUAGCAGUAGAACCCAAAAGAAGCAAGUACAAGAAAAAGAGGGAGAGGUCCAAGAAUCGAACCCCGUGGAACCCCACAGUGGAGAGGACACAGAGUCGAUAAGGCUAACACAGAAACUUCUCUUUGCCAGGUGGGACCGAAACCAGUCCAGGGCGGCUCCUUUAAUGUCCACCCAGUGCUCAAGACAAUAUAUUAUCAACUGUACCAAAAUCAGCGGUCAAAUAAAGCAGCACAAGGAUAACCUAGUUACCAGAAUCAGUGACUAAAAAUAUGUUAUUAACAGUGCGGACUCUGUGCUGUUUAGGGUCUUAAACCUAUUUCUGUCUAAAAAAGACAGUAGUAGGAGAUUGGCCUGUAAUAAGCAAACGCAGAGGGAUCAGGACCGGACGAGAGUACGCAAGUACGUACACUGAGAAAUGCCUACUGACUUAAAAAUGAUUAAGAUUCUGCAUUCGACAGAGGCUAAAACCAAAAACAACAUUCAUGUCCCAGUGCGUGUCAGUUUUUGGCUUUUUUGACCUAACUUUUCAUCCGUGCCGUGACAUACAGUAAUGGCAGCGAAGGUCGUGAGACGGACGGGAACUAAUGAGGUUACGCACAAACCAAGCGAUUGGUCCCUCAGAUUGUCUUUGCCUUCUCCUGCUUUAUUACGUCCGUGUGGUCGAGCAGUGUUAAGCUGAUGUUUUUCAGGACACAGACGAGCUCGCCGCUUAUCUGAGGCGCGCCCUUAUCUGCUCAUGUAAUAUUUUACAGCGGCGUCAUUUAUUCACUCAUGGAAACUUCCUCGGCUGCUUGAAUCUUGAUAAAUGUCGCCCACUUUCACGUGUCAGCGGUCUAUAUCAACAAAGACGUGUAUAGGUGGAAUUAAACGGCUAACAUUUACUUUAGCACGAGAGAUUAAGCGCAAUUAGCUGAGCGGGAGUAAGAGGUCAUUCACCUUUGGUUGUUUUGCCAUGUGUUAUGUGAGGUUAUUGCUUUUCAUACAGAAAUUCAUCUUUUACUUUCUUGUGUAUAAAGUUUAAAAAAUAAAUUAUAAAAGGGCUGUUGAUUUAUAACGUCUAUGUCACAAGCUCAGUUCUGUCGUUUAUGUUAUUCUUUCCAUUCUCCAGAAACAUGGAGCCUCGGGAAACUGGCAACUCUCUUUUCCACACAUGCUGCGAGUGAAUCUGGCCAGAAAACCGUUUCAAAUCGAUCCUAAAAGUCUUUCAAAUGUAUGAUCAGGCAGAUUAUGAUCACCUAAAUCAGAGGUGUCAAACAAAUAUGCUUGUAAUUGUCGCAGUAUUAAAUGUAUUACAUUCAACAUUAAAUCACAUUUAUAA